GAAGGCGGCGUCGGCAUCACACCGGCCGCUAGAUGAUGAUUAAUUAGCCGCAUCUUAAGUUACUACUUAUAGUUAGAUAUGUAACUUUAAAGACGACGUGCAGCCAGUUAAUUUAAUUUGACAUAUUAAAACGUCGUUAAUACCUCGGACGUGAGUAUCACAGACUAAUGGCGUAUCUAUAGCCUAUCUUGUAUACUUACCUCACGACGGAAUGCAGGGCUGACAACUCUCACGCAUCUGGCGUGGCACUUAUAGUACGAUCACGCAGGGAACCUUACGCCACCUGGCCGAAGUUGGCAACUCUGAAAGCGGCGUUUGGGACAAGGGCUGAGAAAUGCAUCAUUGUACGGCACUAUAAUGUCGAAUCAACAUGAACCUGAAAUAAAGUCUCUGAAUGUGCCAUCAUCAGAGUCACUGGCCAUUCCUGUGAUUAAGGAGGUUAAAUCAGAGGAGGAGGAACAUACACCCCUGUCAGAGUCAUUUGCAGAUUGUUUCCACACCAGCUCAGUCCCCAUCCCAAAGAAGGAACCAUUUGAGGUUACCACUUCAGAGAACAGUGACAUGUGGGCUCUGCAGAUCUUGAGCAAUCCCAGGACACCUGUGACAGUGAUGUCCAUUGUGCAGUGUGCUGCCCAAUCGCCAGGUGGAAAGAAGCUUGCUUCCCUACCAGGGAGCAAUAUGGCUAUGCAAGCAGCCACCGGUGACAUGUCAACCUAUCAGAUUUGCAGCCCUACCUCCAGCCUGCCCCAUGGGAUGGUGAUGGCCUCAUCACCGGGGUCCGUACCCAGCCCACAGCAGCUGGCUGAGGAAGCCACACGCAAGAGAGAGCUCCGUCUCAUGAAGAACAGGGAGGCUGCAAAAAAGAGUCGGCAUUGGAAGAGGGAAUACAUGAAGUGUGUGGAAUCCCGUGUUUGCAUGCUGGAGGUCCAGAACAGGAUGCUGAGUGAUGAACUUGGUAUCCUAAAUGACAUCUAUGGUUUGGACGCAUAUUAAAUAAAUGUCAAACACAAGGUAUUAUUCCUCAACUAAAAAAUACUUUUAGGCGAGACUAGGAAGACUAUGCUAAUGUAAAUAUUUCAAUUCUUAACUCAGUUCUGUACUAAUGUUGUCUGAGGGCAAUAUUAAGAAUGCCAGCAUCAUACAGAACAACCAGCAAAUGUGAAUUCAAUUGUGCCACCUAGUUAUGUGUUAUGCAUCAGAUUUCUAUAUGUAUGUUUUGGGCCAUCUGUAAAUUAACCAUAAAUUUUAAGUUAGUGAAGUAUGGCAUUCACACUGGCCUUGAUUUUGAGGAUGCCUGUAAAACCUGACUGUAAAAAAAUCAGAUAAUUCAAUUAAAAACAGAACAUGCUAUUUAACUAUUCACUUGUUUACUGUCAUUUUAUUUCACAGCUCAUUCAUGCAAUGUAUAAUUUUUGGUUGUCGACUUAUUGUAUCAGAAUCAAAGUGAUUUAUAUGAGCAUAUUUGUUAAUAAAAACUAAUGCAGUCAUUGUACACAUUAUAGAAGCACAUUACUUGUAUAGGAUGGGUUGUAUGAAUGAAUUGUGUGGAAAUUGCUUCACAUGCUUUCCUGAAUAACAGACCAUAGUCUUCUUCUGUUUAGUUGUUUUGUCGCUUAAAAAUCUUUUGUAACUUUGCUUUUCAAAUAUAAAAAAAUAUUUUGACACA